UGCGAAGAAAUAUUAGGGGCCCUCGGUUGUUAUUUUGGGGGCCCGGAUUCGGCGGGCUGGCUGUUUUAUAUUGAGAGGACGCGUCGCCGCGGCUUGGCCCUGCCAGGACCUGAUGCAAUCCAUUGAAGCCAACAAGUUUGGAGAGAAUGUUGAGUUCAAUCAAUUCAGAACGUCGAGAUGGAGCCCAACUCACUCAAGUGGGUCGGCUCACCCUGUGGUCUCCAUGGACCUUAUAUCUUCUACAAGGCUUUUCAGUUCCACCUUGAAGACAAACCGAGAAUCCUCUCCCUUGGCGACUUUUUCCUGGUCCGAUGCAAGCCAGAGGAGCCGAUUUGCAUAGCCGAACUCCAGCUGCUGUGGGAAGAGAGGAUAAGCCGGCAACUUUUAUCCAGCUCCAAACUUUAUUUCCUUCCAGAAGAUACUCCCCUGGGUAGGAAUAGCGACCACGGCGAGGAUGAGGUAAUUGCCGUUUCAGAAAAAGUAAUAGUCAAGCUUGAAGAUAUAGUAAAAUGGGCACACUUGGAUUUUUCCAAAUGGAAAUGUGGCCUGCGUGCGUUACCCAUAAAGCUCAAGGAACUGGGAAAAAAUGGACAGAAGGAAUGUAUCUUGAAGUACAGACAAUCCAUAUUAAAUAGUGGACUUAACUUCAAAGAUGUGUUUAAAGAAAAGUCUGAGCUGGACUUGUUAGGAGAGGAUGAAAAUGAGGGUAAUGUGAUGGUGCUAAGUUAUCCCCAGUAUUGUCGAUAUCGUUCAAUACUGAAACGUAUCCAGGCAAAACCCUCUUCAGUUUUGGCGGAACACUUUGUUCAGGCACUGGGGGGCAUUCCCAUCAUCAACAAGAACACAAAGAUCCUUUACUGCCGGGAUACGUUUGAUCACCCAACUCUGAUCGAUAACGAAAGCAUAUGUGAUGAAUUUGCACCAAACCUUAAAGGCAGACCCCGUAAAAAGAAGCAAUGCCCUCAAAGGAGAGAUUCUGUAAAUGGAGUAAAAGAUGCCUCUAAUAUUUGCGAGGGCAAAACUGUUGCCAAGGUAAAAUGUGAAGUAAAGACAAGCUUACCAAAAGCCAGGACAGCCAACGGCAACUGCAAAAAAAUCCCUAUUGAGGAAAAACCAAAGUCCCCUGUGGAAGAUGGAUGUAAGAAUGAAGAAUGCAAAGCUGAUGAGCAAGCAUUUCUUGUAGCACUAUACAAGUACAUGAAAGAGAGGAAAACUCCCAUUGAAAGGAUACCAUAUUUAGGCUUUAAGCAAAUUAACCUUUGGACUAUGUUUCAAGCUGCUCAAAAACUGGGAGGAUAUGAAACGAUUACUGCACGGAGGCAAUGGAAACAUAUAUAUGAUGAAUUAGGUGGCAAUCCAGGAAGUACUAGUGCUGCUACAUGCACACGUAGGCAUUAUGAGAGAUUAAUCCUUCCGUAUGAAAGGUUUCUCAAAGGAGAGGAGGACAAGCCGCUACCUCCUGUGAAGCCUCGGAAACCUGAUGCCAAUUUUCCGGAGGCGGAGGCGAAAACCAAAAUGUGCAGCAAAAAAGGAGUUAGGCAUGAAGGUCCAAAGACAAAGAAGGAAAGGGAUGCUGCUGCUAAAGCUGAGGAAGCAGAGGAUGAGGAGGAGAAUGAUGAUGAUGAUGAUGAUGAUGAUGAUGAGAAAGAAGUGUCUGUUGUCUAUGAUUCAGAGGAGACCAAGCCAUCUGUAGAGUGUUCUGAUUUAACAGAAGAAAAAGAACAAGUACAAGAGUCUAUUCCUGACACAUGCCAUGUGAAAAACGAAGAUAAAAUGUGCUCAGAACCUGUUCCUGCUGACUCAUUCACUCAUCUAGUAAAAGAGAUUAAUUCUAGUCUGGCAGAUGAACAACCACAAAUGACUAUCGAAAAUUCAACCAUAAUAAAACAAGAGCAAAGCAAACAAGAAUUUUCAGACCCAUCUGAAAGGGACGUCCGAGAAGGACAUUUCAAUAUGUUUCCCACAGUUCAGCUCCAGGUUCCACAUGAAAACCACAUAGAAGAUGAGAGACUGCUGGACAUGCCGGAUUAUAUUGCAAAUUGCACCGUAAAGGUGGAUCCAUUGAGCUCAGAGGACCUGAAGAAUCCUCUGGACAGCAACAUUUUACAAAAUGCACUAAAGCAGAAUCCCAAAGUGUACUUAGUGCAAAGCCUGGAUGUGCUGAAAGAGAAGGACAAUUUAUCAUCAUCAAGUGAAGAAUCGUCAUUCACCUACACACCUUUGUUGUAUUCAAGGGGAAACCCAGGAAUAAUGUCCCCUUUGGCAAAAAAGAAGCUUUUAUCCCAGGUUAGUGGGGCUGUGCAAUCUGGAAGCUACCCAUAUGGCUCACCCCCACCCUUAAUUAGCAAGAAGAAAUUAAACUCUAAAACAGAAAUAUCUCCACCUUUAGUACAAACCCAUUCAGCAUCCAACUCUGAACCUAUCCUUGUAAACAGACCAUCAGUGAUACAACAUGUUCAAAGUUUUAAGCAUAAAACUUCAGAUGAUAAAAAGAACUUGCUUGACCCUUACAAAAUUAGUACCAUAAACAAAGCUGACUCUUACCGCUCUGAAUUUGCAAAGCACCAACAAAGUGUGCUUGCAGAGUCUUAUUCCUUGAAGUCCAGUAUGCUUGAACAUAAAGAGCAGAUGGCUGAGAAAAGAGCCGCACAACACUCCAGCUUCUUGGAAUUCUACUCAUCACCUCAUCUGCACAGGCUUUACCGGCAAACAGAACACCAUCUUCAUAAUGAACAUCCGUCAAAAUAUCAUUCUCGGGAAUUGUAUAGAGAAUCCGAAAAUAUGUCCUCUCCCCAUAAACAUCAAGAGAAGCUUCAUUACCAUCAUUCUUUGCACCAACAAGAAAAACAGAAUGUACCUGAUCACAUGGAUGACCAACCAACUGAUUUGAGCCUUCCCAAAUCUAUGCACAAGCACACAGCCAAAAUAUCAGGAUCUAACCUCUCUCAUCAGUUGGUGCAGCAAGAAAGCAAAAGUCCAUUUCAUGUUCCAAACAACAAGCAUAUGGGAAUAGACUGCAAUCCAAAGGCCUGUAGAGUUUCACCAAUGACAAUACCAAUAUCAAAAAGACACCAUGAGUCUGUUCACAGGUCAAUAAAGACACACAGUGCAAGACAUGACAAUGUAAGAAAGAUGGAAGGUCUUGUACAUCCAAUCACUGUUGGCAAAGUCAGUCCUCAGAACUUUGGGACCCUACGGCCAUUGAAGAGAAGCUUAGAUGAUCUAGAAGGUCCCGUCAGUGAGAAAAAAAUACGAGCCGUGUCCCCUUUAAACGUGACAAAGGAAAUACCAGGGAAAGAGAUCUUUACUGGCCAAGAGGGUGAAAGCAGCAAAUCUAUUCAUGACAUUCAUUCUAGCAGUAUGAUGGAAAGUCACAAAUAUCCAUUGUCAACUCCAAUUUUUCCUGGACUUUACCCAGCAAGUUUAUGUGGUGGUCUUGGCACACAUAUACCAACUGCCUACUCCCAUCCACUGCAGUACUUGAAAAACCAGAGUGUGCUUUCACCACUAAUGCAACCCUUAGCCCUUCAUUCCUUGAUGAUGCAAAGACAAUAUCUAACUAACUCCACAAAUUCUCAGCAGCUCUAUAGACAUUUGGCCUCAGCAGGCCCUGUAGGAUCUUCAUAUGGUGACCUACUACACAACGGUAUCUACCCUUUAACGGCAAUCAAUCCCCAGUCCUCUUUUCCUUCUUCCCAACUGUCCUCUGUCCACCCCAGCACAAAACUUUAAGCAACUAUCCGGUGACAAAAUAACAACAAAAUGUCAAUUCUUUUAGCUACAUUCCUUGCCUAGCACAAUACUCUGCAUAAACACUUGUCUACUGUGUGAGCCACAAUAUAACCUUUAAACGUACUAUGUUCAGAGGGGUAAGGAUGGAUUUCAGGUCCCACUUGACAGACUAGACUAGUACUUUCACAGUUUUUAUAAUGGGAACAGCUGAAGUUUGCACACCAUUUUUAACAUCAUUAUUCAGCAUUGACCAUCUCGUGUGUUGCACUCCUUUUGUGUAAGGUGGCUGAAAAGUUAUUGGUUCAAAUUAUGGAGUACAUGUACACCCUGGAGGAUGCGCUUUUGCUUUGUUAUUAUUUUGUUUAUUAUUAUUUUUUUUACUGUUAAAGGUUCAAUCAAUGCAAUGUAUAGUAACAAGUCAAUCAUU